CUCCUCGCCCUGCGCCGUGGCAGCUGGCCGCUGCCUCCUGCGCCUUCCCGUGCACGCAUGUGGCUGAGGCCCUUCCAGGCCGGCGCCGGCUCCCCGGUUCCUGAAGGAGCUGCUUUCCCCAUCCCCUGAUGUGUAACAGCACAUCCUCUUGCCGGAGGAAUAUGGGCUCUUUGUUAAGCAGGCUCCUGUGCACUCACUUGCACAGGAAAUAAGCGAGGGGAUUUGUUUCCGUGACAAAUGGGCUGGUUCUCCUCGGUCAGUUUGCUCUGAUGUUUUACUUUGAGAAGACAGCAUAACUUUCUAAUAAAGCGAGGCUGCGCUGUAAGUGGAAAAUGCUGCUGUGGGAGCCUCCGUACCUGUCUGCCAAACCGUGCAGGCAACACGUGCUUGGUUCUGAACAGGCAUGGCCUGACAGCGGAGCAGUUCUUGUCUCUGCCGUUUACAAGAAGCUGGGGAUGCCCAGUACUAGUGCUUGGGCUCAGGCUGUCUCACAUAGUGCAUGGCUUGUAGCAAUUUCACACAGAAAAUAUACUUCAUGUUGAGACUGAACAUAAUGAUUCUAGAGCAGAGGUGGGGAUGUUUCUCACGUUGCACCUAUAAACCCGCUGCUGUGGUCUUGUUUAAAAAGAAAAAAAAAUCUUAAAUUGAUAUCACCUCUGCAAGUGAUGUCCUCAGGGAAAAGGAGCACAGCAGCAGACAGCAGUCUGCAGUCAGAUUCUCUUUGCUCCUCAGAGAGCUUUUGAAGCUGUAAGUUCCUCUUGUUGAGUUUGGCACGGACACGCAGUGUCAGUGAACUCUGAGGCCAUAGGAAAGGGCUGAGUGUAGUUCGUUGGCUGAGGAUGCUGACAGCUCUUGAGGAUCCAGCUAGAGUGCAGUUUGUGCUGAAGGCAUGGAAGGAAAUGACUCAUAGCACUGCAGCUGCACAGUGGCCUGGAAAGCAGCUCCUCAUAGCCCCCUCUGACCCACUUGUGCUCUCUGCGUUGCAGGAUGUGAUCCAGGUAUCUAAGAAAUACCUCCCUGGGAUGGCAGUGGGGUAUUCCAGUGCUAAACUGACCCUGCACGUCGGAGAUGGUUUUGAGUUCAUGAAACAGAAUCAGGAAGCCUUUGAUGUGAUUAUCACGGACUCAUCUGACCCCAUGGGUCCUGCAGAAAGUUUAUUCAAAGAAUCCUACUACCAGCUGAUGAAGACAGCACUGCGCGAAGAUGGGAUUCUCUGCUGCCAAGGUGAGUGCCAGUGGCUGCACCUGGAUCUCAUUAAGGAGAUGCGUCAGUUCUGCAAGUCUCUGUUCCCUGUUGUGGAAUACGCCUAUUGCACCAUCCCUACGUACCCCAGCGGGCAGAUUGGCUUCAUGCUCUGCAGCAAGAACCCAAACACAAAUUUCCGAGAGCCUGUGCAGCAACUCUCACAGCAACAAGUAGAGGAGAGGAGUCUGAAAUAUUACAACUCUGACAUUCACCGGGCAGCUUUCAUCCUGCCAGAGUUUGCACGGAAGGCCCUGAGCGAUGUGUGAGACUGAGAAGCUACUUCCUCCCUUCAAGUUGGACCCUGAGAUCAUCAGUGAUGUGGGGACCUUCCUAGCAGACUACAGAUUUGCUCUCCACUGUGUGGGAUUGUUUAACCCCUUGCCAGCCAACAUUCCCUUUGAUGUGUCAUAACCCAGAUAAGACUAUUGAAAAGGUCCAGUGACUUAUUGCGUGAGGUCAAAACUGUUGUUUGCAGUACUGGAAAUGUAAAAUGUCUUCUUCCUUCCUCUCCUCCCUUUACCCAUUCUAAAUUUGCCUCCACCCAACUGACAACGAUAUAUUUAUAACUGACGUGUAUUUCUGUCUGGUGAUCUUCUGAAACUUGGGAAGAGUUCAGGAGGUUCACUGACUCGGCCUUAAGCACAGAGAGCGAGAGCUUUGUGCACAAAGUUAGCUUGCUCUCUCCUAAUAGAAGCUCCCUGCUGCUGAGACAUUUUGACUGGUAACGGGUCUGAGCCUUCGCAUCCCACUGCCCUGCUGUGAUGCCUGUGCUGUUCUGCAGCACAGCUGGAGAAGUCACAGUGCAAACUGUUGCCAUUCACAAUAAGUCUCCCUCCAACCCUGAUGGAGUAGCAGUAUUAAACGCCAGCAUGCCAGGCUGGCAGCAAAGUCUUGUGGCUUUUAUUUUUUUUUUUUUCAAUUGGUUGGAAACAGAAAUGCUGAGGUACUAACAGGCUGACUCCUGUUCUUACCCCUGCCAUCAAAAUGGUUCCAAAGAAUGUUUAUCAAUCAGGUGAUAGGCGCUUUAUAUAUAAAAAUAUAAAUAUAAAUAUAUAUAUAAAAAAAAGCAAACCUUAGAUCCAUUGCCUGCUGUUAAGUACUGAUGCUGGGGAGGCAGUUGUGCUGAUAAAUCUCAUCUCAGUCUUGCUGAGGUGCCUCAGGCCUGGGUAUUUGCUAGUCGUUAGGAGGCAUCAUUACUCCUAAUGCUGCCCCCAGAAGUGUAAGCUGUUUUUCGUUUUACUGUGUUGUGAGAUGGAUCUUCCUCCACGUCUACUUCUGGUUUAAAGUCUCCGUGCCACCGCUGUGCAACAGGGAUCUUUCCAGCACAACCACUGUGCAAUUGUCACUCCCUUGCAAUCAAUUAAACACUCGGCUCUGGUUAAGGUGA